AUGUUUAGCAGGGCUGGGCCAGCCAUUGCAUCGUGUCAGUGGUGUGCAUUCUCGGUCCUGCGAGCGACGCUGUUGGCGUUCUGCACGCUUAAUGCGGUGUGUGCCUUUUUAUUUGCGUGGAUGAUGGAUUCAACGGAGUUAGUGGUCUUUCGCAUCCCGGCAUUAGAGCGUGGCUGGGACUUGCGCGUCAAGGCAAAGGCUUGUCGUCGUGCUGGACUUUUUUUCAUAGUUUUUCUCUUUCUCAUUCUUUUCGCACCGUUCUGGAGCCUGUUGCGCGGUAAGUGUCAAGUGAUUUCCUGUCGACUUCGGUUUCACGCUCACCGGAAUUGUCGCAAAGUCGUGCCGCGUGAGCAGCAUCGACUUCUCCAGUUCAAGCAUAGCGAUUCCGAAGGGGAGGAGUUGCUAGAAUGCUAG